AUGGGUCCUCAGAUCAAGAUGUUUGCUGGACCCCUAUCAGCAUUUGUCCGACCAACAUGCCUGUCCACGGGUUCAUCACUAGCUACUUUCUCCCUGGCACGAUGCUUCUCUACAACUCCAAAAUCCCUUGACUGGCUUACUCCAAAGUUUGCCGAGAGAUCCAAGUCGCCCAAGGGUCGUCCACACGUUGCAACUGGUGGAUCCACACGAGGAACAACAGUCGUGUGGGGAGAGUUCGGACUGCGGAUGAAAGAUCACGACCGUCGCAUGCCGGCGUCAGCUCUGAAGAUUGCAGAGGAGACUAUCAAGCGCCGUCUUCGCGGUAUGAACUACAAGCUUUACAAACGUGUUGCUGCCAACAUUGGUGUGUACACCAAGGGUAAUGAACAGCGUAUGGGUAAGGGUAAGGGUAAAUUCGACUACUGGACUGUCCGACUUCCCGUGAGCCGUAUUGUCUUUGAAUUGAAGGGAGAUCUGCACGAGAAGGUUGCUCGCGAGGCAUUCAGAUUGGCUGGCCACAAAUUGCCUGGUCUCUGGGAAUUUGUCAAAAAGGAUGACCCUCCUGUUGUAGGAAUUACCAAGCUUGGAAACGGUGUCACUCUCGAGUCACUCAAGCGCCCGCGCAGAAACCCGCCACUUGGAACCAACGAACUUGAAAGCCCUUCGCCGCAAAGCACAUCUUCCGACCCCUCCGCUCCUCAAUAA